AUGUGUGUGAUUCUGAUGCUGACGAAACUCUACGACUUUAAUCUGGGCAGUGUGACGGAAAGCUCCCUCUGGCGGUCAACAGACUACGGCACCACUUAUGAGAAGCUGAAUGAGAAACUGGGAGUGAAGACGAUCCUGAGCUACCUGUACGUCAGCCCCAACAACAAGCGCAAGAUUAUGCUGCUAACUGACCCAGAAGUGGAGAACAGCCUCCUGAUCAGCACGGAUGAGGGGGCCACCUACCAGAAGUACCGCCUCAGCUUCUACGUGCUCAGCCUACUCUUCCACCCAGAGCAGGAGGACUGGAUACUGGCCUACGGUCACGACCAGAAGUUGUACAGUUCUACGGAGUUUGGCAGGAGAUGGCAGCUGGUGCAUGAGCGAGUUGCUCCCAAUCGAUUCUACUGGUCCAAGAUGGGCGUUGACAAAGAGGCAGGCCUCAUUCACCUGGAGACCAGUGUCUCUGACACACAGGCCCUGUACGUCACCUGCAAGCUGCAGAACUGCUCCGAGGGCAACAAGGGGAGGCCCUUUCCCGGCCACAUCGACCCCAACACUUUGGUGGUGCAGGACGAGUAUGUGUUUGUUCAGGUCACCACGGGUGGCAGGACCAUCUAUUACGUCUCCUCCCAGCGAGACGUCUUCACCCCUAUGAAGCUCCCCAAAUACACCCUGCCUAAGGACCUGCAUGUGAUCAGUACAGAUGAGAAGCGCGUUGUGGCAGCAGUGCAGGAGUGGAACCAGAAUGACACCUUCAACCUCUACGUGUCUGAGUCUGGAGGAGUCCUCUACACACUGGCCCUGGAGAACGUCAUGAGCAGUAUGGGACCAGAGGGAAACAUCAUGAUCGAACUCUAUGAGCACGAGACACUUCUGAUUGAGGUCACAAAUCACCAAACUGUGGCCGUGUCGGAUAGCUAG